AAUAAUUGUGUGGGCAGUCUAGACCAGCAGUCGUCGUCGCUUUGGAAGGUUGCUGUCUUGUGAGUUGUGUGUAUUGUUGAUCGUGUUUGGUUCGAUAUAACCUGCUCGCUGACAAAAAAAGUGACUGCACAGUUGCAACUAAGUUGGCAUGCAACGUGGUCUGCUGAAUGGUGGUUCAUACAUGGCCCUGGGCCAGGUAUACCGAGGUACAACUCUUCCUAACAAAAAGAGUGAUAUAAAGAAAAUUCUACACAUUGGUGGAGCUGCAAGAAAGAAGUUAGCACCAUUUUUCAAUGAGAAUAUGUCUGACAUGACAGAGGUUUUGACUGAAAACUCAAUUUUGGAAACAAUAGAGAAGAGAGAACUGGAGAAGAUGCCUUCCCUAAAUGCCGAAGAAACUGCAUUACUGAGCAUGGAUGACAUCGAGUUGAAGAAUAUUCAACUACAGUUCCCGAGCUCUCGGCGCUUCAGCGGCGACGGCGGCGCCGUGGAAGUGCGCGUGCGCACUGAUCGCGGUGACAUCAUGGUUGCCGUCCAAGGAGAUCGCUCUAAGCCAGCGAUUUUUACUUACCAUGACCUCGGCUUAAACUACAUCUGCUUCCAACCGUUCUUCAACUUCGUGGACAUGCGAGCUCUACUGGAUAACUUCUGCGUAUAUCACAUCAAUGCCCCGGGACAGGAAGAGGGCGCCCCGAGUCUGCCUGAAGAUUACAUUUACCCAACCAUGGAUGAACUGGCCAACCAACUCAACUACGUGAUGGGUCAUUUCGGCAUAAAAUCGUUUAUUGGUUUUGGCGUAGGUGCGGGCGCAAACAUCCUCGCAAGAUUUGCUCUCGUUCACCCCCAAAAGGUGGAUGCUCUAGCUUUGAUCAAUUGUACUUCAAAUCAAGCCGGUUGGAUUGAGUGGGCCUACCAGAAGAUGAACUCGCGCUCACUGCGCUCUCGCGGGAUGACUCAGGGCGUCCUUGAUUACCUCAUGUGGCAUCAUUUUGGCAGGUACCCAGAGGAGCGCAACCACGACCUCGCUCAGAUGUACCGCGCUUACUUCACGCGCAACGUGAACCCGACCAACUUGUCGCUGCUGAUCGACGCGUACGUGCGCCGCACCGACCUGGGCAUCGCGCGGGACUCGGCCACGAUCCGCGCGCCCGUGCUCAACAUCACUGGGGCGCUCUCGCCGCACGCCGACGACACCGUCACCUUCAACGGCCGCCUCCAGCCCACAAACUCCACUUGGAUGAAAAUCUCCGAUUCCGGCAUGGUGCUCGAAGAGCAGCCCGGCAAAAUCUCGGAAGCUUUUCGCCUCUUCUUACAGGGAGAGGGCUACGUGGCGCCGCUCUCGCCGACGAAGAUUGUCGCGUUCCGGCGACUGUCGGACGCUGGCCGUCGCCGUCCCUGUCGUCACUCGCCCGUAAUCCGUAUCACUGAGAACCCUAUAUCGGAGGCGGUAGUCUGCUAAACACCCCCCAGCCUACCCCUAAUUUCACCUACCCCACCAUAAAAACCUUCGUCACCCGUUCUUGUGCUCGCUGACGUGCGUUCGCGGAAUUUUAUUUCAAUAAAUCAAUAAUAAGUGAUUUACCCUCAUUUAUCAGUUUACACUCCAUGCAUUUGACAGCCACGGCUCUAUUUAUCGUUAUAUAUGUUAUGAAAUUAAUUAUUUAGUUAUAAAAAUCAAAUUAGACAUAAAUUUCCGCGAUCGUCCCUCAGUAAGAAUGUCAUAGUUGCACUUAUUCCUAACCAACUGGGUCACAUCGCGUCGGUUCUACCGAACCACGCACUCAGUGUACAUAUCUCGAGGUAAGAGCCUCUCAUUUAGAAUGAGGCAUCUCAGUGUAGCGUGGAAUGCGAGACGGGUGACGCUAACUUCGCACGGGGGAGUCUCACUGAUCGACUUGUAUCAUUGUAUAGUUAUAGAAAAAUUUAUUAGAGGCACACGAAUAUAUAAUUCACAUGCAUAAUAUAUUAACUAUAUGUACACCACUAUUAUGCAUUAAAUAUCAAGUACUCUGGUAGACUAGGGUCGACACCAUUUAACGCAUAUAUUGACGUAAUGUCUAACUAACUGGGUCACUGUAAUGACCGUACGUAAACACAAACAUUUACAAUACAGUUCAGUAACCGCUUCAGUCUGGAGUAAGUUUCACUAAAAGUCGGCGAUCUCUACAAGAGUCGCAGUCGAUAACUUUGUAGUACUAAAACAUUUCGGAGAAAUCCGCUAUACAUGUUUAGCACGGUUAAUGUAAAGUAGUUGUUAAUUGAGAAUGUUACACGAUGGGCUGCAUUAAUGUCGCUGGGUGCUAUGCUAAGACCAAGGAAGUUUUAGAAAUCAUUUAACGAAAAAAGUUUUUAAAAAAUUUAUUGCUAUUUAUUUUUAAGUGCUAUGUACCGUUAGUUUUAAUUCAAGGCCUCUAUUGUGUAUCGAAGAGUUGUGAUCUACUUGUUAGAGUGAGAAGUUUUGUAUGAAUCAAUCGCUACCAAUUGCCUUAUGUUAAUUAUUUAUAUCUUUUUCAGUAUUAUAAGGGUAUUAAUACGUUUAGUUAUUAUAAAAAUGUUACCUCCCACCUGACACUGCAUUAGUGAUGUAGAACAAAUAAUAGAAAAUAACUAUAGUGCAUAAUUAAUUUCGGUAUUUAUGAUUGUAUAAUUUUAUUUUUAUUACAUCAAAGCAGUUAAUUUUAGAGCGGGGUUGCUGAUGUAAAAUAUUGGUCAACAAAUACAUUCACUAAAAUUUUUUUUUAAUACUAUAUCUUGGCGAUGACUAUGCCACAAUAAAUGAAAAGGUUUAUUAAUCAUUGUUGAAAAAGCAUUCUAAAACCAUUGUUUUUUUGACGCCAAUAUAAAAAAAUCAAGAAUAGUAAGUUCCCAGGUGGGGUCUACUUUCUUGAUGUAACAUAUUUUUUUACAACUGAACAUAUUAUCUGUGGACAUAGUUCCAUGUCUCUUAACUUUUGCAUAGUAACAAGACAUGCAAUGCAUUUAUGGCGAAUUACUAAAUAGAAUAAAAUCCUGUUGUUUAUGCUCUAAUAGCGCUGUUUAGAAUUUUUAACGUUUAUUGUGGCAUUUUAAUCACUAUCCUUAUGUUAGUUGUCGGUAAUUUACACAUUAGAUUAAGUUCGCUAAGCAUAUUAAGUUCUGAAAUCCGCUGAGUGUAUUUGACGAUACAUAAGUAAAAUAUAUGAACGAAAGGAAAGUAAAAAGAAGGAAUUUUCUUCGUAGCUAAAAUAGCGUCGAUCUGUAGAUGUUCGAUAAAGAUAUUUGUUUGACGUUUAGCACACACGUGCAAUGCGGACUUGUAUCCGCGACGUCAAACACUUAACUUUCCCGCAUAUAACAAACGCUUUGUAGAAGUACAAUAAAUAAAGAAAAUAAUGCAAUGAUUUCUAGAAUCUCAAAUUACAUCAAAGCUAAAUUAAUGUUGUUUCGUUUGAAUGUGUUUAUAAAUUAUUUGUGAAUUUAUUAUGAGUCUAUUAAAAAGUGAUUUUAU